AUGUUAGACGUGAUGGAGAAGUUCCUCGUCUCAAAUUUUAAUAGCAGUGACAGGCUGGAAUCUCCACCUGGCUCUGCAGGAAUGUGUAUGUCACUAGAUACGAACCUUACGUCCUCAGAACUUCCUUCUCUGCUCAGCUACGAAACUCGAAUGUUCUUUGUAAUCAUCAACUUCAUGGUUCUUUGUCCGUUGGUCGCUAUCUUCGGCAUCUUCACCAACAUCAUCAACAUCGUCGUCUUUACAAAGCAAGGUUUCACAGAGACAAUCAACAUUAGUCUUUUGUGUCUGGCCAUCUCCGAUUUAUGCGGCCUUCUUCCUCUACCGUGGAUGGGCAUAGCUCUGAACCCUUGGUUCUCCCAGACCGACCUGCCCUUCAGCGUCACGGAAAUGCUCAGCCCCACAGCUGGGUUCCCCCACAACUGUUUUUCCCGCAUCACAGGCUGGAUUACUGCCCUUGUGGCCUUGGAGCGGAGCCUGUGCAUUGCUUUCCCCUUGAAAGUAAAAAUCUUUAUGACCCGGACGGUGGUUAUUUGCGUCAACGUCACCAUCUUCGUCUGUAUGAUCCUCGGCAUCUUGCCCUUGUACGCCACCGCCUACUACGACUGGAAAUUUUACCCGGAGAAGAACAAAACUCUUCUCGGUAUCCUCUACACGGAGAACAAGGACGAGGUGCAGAGCAUCUCUUUGAUCUUCACCGACCUCAUCGGCCCCCUCUCGGCCUUCACCGUUGUCCUGGUCAGCAUGGUGGUCAUCAGGAUCAAGCUGGUGCAGAAGGUGAAGUGGCGGCAAACAGCUUCCGCUUCCAGUUCCGCCAUGUCUAAGGGGAAGCAGCUCCCGGCGAAGGAGAACAGGGUGGUCGCCAUGGUUACCAUCAUUUCGGUGAUCUUCAUCAUCUGCUUCACACCGAUGUCCCUGUUCCUCACCGUGCGAGCGUUCAUGCCGGAGCUGAGCGUGAUUGGCCGCUACGCCAACAUGAACUGGGCCUUCCUCUCCACCGCCUUCCUCAUGGAGAGCAUCAACUCCAGCACCAACAUCUUCAUCUACUACAACAUGAGCUCAAAGUUCAAGGACACGUUCCAGGGUAUCUUCUUCAAGCGCGGGCACAAGCAGGCUCGGAGAAGAAACGUCUUGCGAUGA